AUGGUUUGGAAAAUGAAUACCAUCAGUGAUAAAGUGCCUACCUGCAGUGCCAACCAAAGGAAGCGCGAUAGCUGGGAUACUGCCAAGUUGCCCAAGAUUAGACAGAGGAAGUCGAGAGAGAGAGGUCGGGUUCGAACCGCGGACUUCCCGCCCAAGUUCGCGAAACGCAUACGGCCUGUCUGGAAAGAAUAG